UCGACUUCCCCGCCCUGACCAGGGGGCAGUUCCUGGGGAAGUGGCUCCAGCCGGGACGGCCGGGCCUGCAGAGGCGGAGCCGGGGCUUGGCUCCCAGUGCCCGAGGCUCCGCUGAGAAGCCGGGCGGCAGCAAGACCGCUUCUCCUGAGCCGCCGAACUGGAGUUGGAGCUGGAACUCCGUGGGGCCGGGGCCCCGGCUGCCGGGCAGCGGCUCCUCGGGGCCGAGGCCGCGGCGGAGAAUGAGGCGGUGGUGGUGGCGGGCUGCCGGCGGAGCCGCCAGGCUGGAAGCAUGCUGCGCUGGUUCAUAACCGUGAUCCUGUGUGCUGCCUUCCUGGGGCUGGGAAUGAGUGUUGCUAUACUGGGACCGACAUUUCAAGAUUUGGCAACAAAUGUGAACCGCAAUAUUAGCAGUCUUUCUCUGAUUUUUGUGGGCCGUGCCUUUGGAUUUUUAAGUGGCUCAGUGAUUGGUGGAGUUCUUCUUGACAUUAUGAAUCAUUUUCUACUUUUGGGGGUGUCAAUGUUGACCACCACAGUUGGUCUUUAUCUUGUUCCAUUUUGUAAGACAGCAGUAUUACUGAUUGUCAUGAUGUCCGUCUUUGGUGUUUCAGCUGGCAUUCUGGAUACAGGUGGUAACGUCCUAAUCUUGGCUAUCUGGGGGGACAGAGGAGCCCCACAUAUGCAGGCCUUACACUUCAGUUUUGCCUUGGGUGCCUUUUUGGCUCCACUGCUGGCUAAGUUGGCAUUGGGCACGACGGUGUCUGCUGAAAACCACGCAGAGCCUAACUCUAACCAUUCUGCCCUCAACCAGUCAUCUGACGCUGACUCAGAAUCUCUACUCGGAGUACCUGACAAUAUGAAUUUACUGUGGGCGUAUGCUGUUAUUGGUACUUACGUUUUUGUAGUUGCUACCUUUUUUUUGGCUCUGUUUUUAAAGAAGAGCUCAAGGCAGGAAAAAGCAAAAGCAUCUGCUCAGAGGUCUCGAAGAGCUAAAUACCACAAUGCCCUUCUUUGUCUCCUUUUUUUGUUCUUCUUUUUUUAUGUUGGAGCCGAGGUAACAUAUGGCUCUUACGUUUUCACGUUUGCGACCAGCCACACAGGCAUGACGGAAAGUGAAGCGGCUGGGUUGAACUCCAUCUUCUGGGGGACCUUUGCAGCCUGCAGGGGCCUAGCAAUCUUUUUUGCUACAUGUUUACAACCUGGAACCAUGAUUGUGUUAAGCAACAUUGGCAGCCUGACAUCAUCCUUAUUGUUGGUGCUUUUCGACAAGAGCCCAGUUUGUCUCUGGAUAGCGACUUCGGUAUAUGGGGCCUCGAUGGCAACCACGUUUCCCAGUGGUGUUUCUUGGAUUGAGCAGUACACAACCAUCCAUGGGAAAUCUGCAGCAUUUUUUGUAGUCGGUGCUGCCCUGGGAGAAAUGGCUAUUCCUGCAAUAAUUGGAAUUCUUCAAGGACAAUACCCUGAUUUGCCUGUAGUUUUGUACACCUGUUUGGGGGCAUCGAUAGCCACUGCUAUUUUAUUUCCCGUGCUCUAUAAAUUGGCCACCUCACCUCUCAGUCAGCAGCGAAAAGAACACACAAAAAGCGAGGACCAGAAAGCUUUGCUGUCUAGUUCUGAGCUAAAUGACUAUGAGGAAGACAAUGAAGAAGAGGAUGCAGAAAAAUGGAAUGAAAUGGAUUUUGAAGUGAUUGAAAUGAAUGAUACAAUGAGGAAUUCUGUAAUAGAGACAUCUAAAAAUAUUUUGAUGGAGCCCUUGGCUGAAAUCUCCAGUCAAUUCCACUCCAGUGCAGUGGUAUUGGAGUCCCCUCAAGUUAAUAGUGGCCAGUUCCCUGUGAAUCACUUGCAAGAAACCAGGCUAAAAGGGACUAACACCUAGAGAAGAUGGAUUAUUCUGACCUCCUUGAAUAAUCUCCACUUGUAAAGAAGCCAGUCAGAGCAGAACAUUAACAGAUCUUCAACAUGCUUUGGGGAUCAAAAUUUCUAGGUCAGAGUAUAGCAAAUGCUACAAAGUUUUGAAAGGUUCUGUAAUUCCAGAGUUUUCCAUAAAGAACAAAUGGUCUCGUCUGGCAGGAUCUUACUGUGAGGCUGGUGUUUGGCAUGUGGCUGAUUAGGUAAUGUUUUAUGGUCUCCACCCCUCAGAGCAUGCAAAGAAGGUGUUUGUUGUUGAGAAGUUGGGUGCUGUUCUAAUAGAACGAAACCAUCUAAUAGUUGAAUUGAUUAGCUGAACAAAUGAUCAGUCUUCAGUAUUCUACCAGGGAAGUAGAGGAGUGUCCUUUCAUAAAAGAGCAACUUUGAGGGCGCCUGGGUGGCUCAGUUGGUUAA